GCCGGGCCAGGCCGGGCCAGGCUGGGCCGGGAGCGAGGUGGCCCAGCAUCUGAGGACACCUCUGUGAAGGAAUCAACCGGCCCAGCUGGACAGUGAGGGCAUGACCAGCUGCUGCCAUCAGUCACCACACAGGGACAGGACCCCAACCAGACAUGCUACCUGCAGGACCCCUGUAAGGGCCACAAUGAUCAGCCAGAGGUGCCGCCGCACCCUGCUUCCUGAGUCAGGCUCUGCUGUUUCCAGAAUCAGCUGAGUUUGCCCUCGUGCCACCAGCCAAGUCCAGAGUGUGAGUCCUGCUCUUUGGUGCAUGCACCAUGAGUCACAGUGCCAGCUCCAGGCUGGCCGACUCUCCACAGCUCUCCAAGAGCAGCCUCUUGAACAUCCUGGGCAGUCCUUCGCCUGAGCGCAUGGGCCUAGCCGACUCUCUGCCCCCCACCCCACAGAGCGGGACCCCAUCUCCAGGGCCCCCACCACUGCCCCUGUUGCCUGGUGGGUCCCCGGGGCUGGAUGGUGACUGGGAGAGCCGGGAAGAACUGCGCCUUCGAGAACUGGAGGAGGCCCGGGCCCGGGCGGCCCAGAUGGAGAAGACCAUGCGCUGGUGGUCAGACUGCACUGCCAAUUGGAGGGAGAAGUGGAGUAAGGUGAGAGCUGAACGCAACAAGGCACGGGAAGAGGUGCGCCAACUUCGACAGAAGCUGGAGGCAUUGACUAAGGAGUUGACAGGGGCCCGUCGGGAGCGGCAAGAGGCCCUGAACCAGAGUGAACAGCUGAGCAAGGAGGUGGCUCGACUUAAGGGGGCCCGGCUGCAGGAGGAGGAAGAGGAGGAGAACCAUCAGGAGGGAGAGGAGGCUUGUGAAGAGAAGGGCAGGGGCAAGGAGAAGGAACUGGACAAUAGAGUGGCCUCAGAGAAGGAGAGCCAGGGGGGUGGCCCUGAGCAGGAGCCCGUGCGUGAUGUGGGCUUUGAAAAGCCAGCCAAGAAUAAAGAGCUGGAGCUGAUGGAGAACCUUCUGAAGAGUAAGCAAGAGGGGCCUGAGAACUGGGAGGCACGAAGCAUGGGGAGUGUCCGUGCUACCUUCAGCCGGCAGGAGCGAAGCCGACUACUCUGGGAGGAGGUGUCCACCAUCGAGGAAGAUGUCACCAAGGUGACUGCCCUGAAGCUUCGGCUGGAUGAGUCCCAGAAGGUGCUGCUCAAGGAACGAGAGGAUAAGCUGUCACUGAGCAAGAACAUUGAAAAACUGGAAGGGGAGCUCAGCCAGUGGAAGAUCAAAUAUGAGGAGCUAAACAAAAACAAGCAGGAAGUACUGAAGCAGCUCAACAUCCUCAAAGAAAUGCAUCAGGAUGAACUGGGCCGUAUGUCAGAGGACCUGGAAGAUGAACUUGGAGCUCGGUCCAGCAUGGACAAAAAGAUAGCAGAACUUCGGAGUGAGAUGGAGCGUCUGCAGGCAGAGAACGCUGCUGAGUGGGGUCGCCGAGAGCGGCUUGAGACAGAGAAGCUAAAUCUUGAGAGGGAAAACAAGAAGCUUCGAGCGCAGAUUGAGGACCUAGAGGAGGUGCUGGCCCGCAAGCGGCGCCAGACAGCCAGCGCCCUGGAUUCGGACCUCAAGGCCAUCCAGGCUGAGCUCUUUGAGAAGAACAAGGUGGGGGGACCUGGACCUGGCCCUGCCUUCUUCCCAGGACUGGCAGACCUCAAGCAUGUGCACACCAAGCUGAAGAAGCAGUACCAGGAGAAGAUGGCAGAACUGGCCCAUGCAAACCGGCUGGAGCAACAUGAGGGUGAGGUCAAGAAGCUGAGGCUGCGGGUGGAGGAACUGAAGAAGGAGCUGGCCCAAGCUGAAGAUGAGCUGGAUGAAGCCCAUAAUCAGGCUCGGAAGCUGCAGAGGUCCCUAGAUGAGCAGACAGAGCACAGUGAGAAUCUGCAAGUGCAACUGGAGCAUCUGCAGUCGAGGCUCCGCCGGCAGCAGAACGCCCCGCUCUUUGGAAAGAUCCGGAGUUCUCGGUUUGGAACUGAAGAACCUGGGGAUGGUACGAGUGACCUGGAUGAGGAUGAGGACCUACAGAUCCAAGUCCCUUAGUACAAGGGAAGGAGGAGGGAAGGGCCAGCUUGCAUCAGGGAACGUUACUUGGGCCAACUCUCCAGGAACUGCAGCUGGUCCUUUUUAGUGUCGACAGCCCUGGGCCUGGGCUCUGAGAGCCAGGACAAAGCGGGAAGCUGCUUGGAACUUGGCCCUUGCCAGGUUGAGGGUAGGGUGCACCCUACUCAGGACAGGCAAAGGUGAUCCAGUAGAGCCACUUGGCCAGAUCUCAUUCCCCUUGUCUCCCAGCCGAUUCCUCCUGCUCCUCUUCCUGUCCUUUCUCCCCUAGCCUCCACCCUGCUACCCUCAACCUUCAGCAAAAUCAGCAAGGACAUAGUAAACAUAAGAUGAUGACUUUAUUGGGCCAUUAAAAAGCAAAGUGGGAGCUGAGACUGACCAGGGCCCUGCCUAUCCAAUUCCCUAAGAAGGUGGGAAACGUGUUCUAUUAUACAUAUAUAUAAUAUUAUAUAUACAUGCAUGCAUGCAUAUAUGCAUGUGUGUACUUGUACCUGUUUUAUUUUUAUAAACAUAUGAACUAAGGGAGAGGCUGGCUGCUGUUAAGAGGAUUUGGGGAUUUACCUCAGACUCCUCUCCCCAUUCUGGGGUACUCUUUUGGACUUUUGCAUGAAAGAAGAAAGCCAGGAAGCCAUUGGGAAGACCACCCCCAGCCCAGCUCCAGGGGCCUGAUGGGACAGAGGAGUGGGUCAACAAGCACAUUUUUACAAAUCCAAACUUUUUUUUAAUAAA